AUGGAAUACGCCAAGAUGCCAAGUGUUCCGAGUGCGAUGAGGGAGAAAAAUGUGAAGGUGGUGGAAAAAGGGCCAGGUAAUGACCAUUUACAUUUUAUAUAUCACUGGUUGGAUUCCAAAGAUCCUAAAGGAGCACGAUGGCGUAUUGAAAACAUUUAUUGGAAUGGAUGGCGUGCAUUUUUUGUGGGCUUUGCUCUAUUUGGUGCGGGCAUCACGUUUCUGGCGUUGGGUUUGGCUUGCUUACGAAUUGUGGGAGACAAUCCACGUGGUUGUGCUUUGCUCAUUUUGGGAGGUAUGCUGAGUCUUCCGGGCCUGUACAGUCUGACGGUGUUAUGGUACUAUGUGCGUGGCAACAGGAAUUACUCCUACAACCAACUACUUUUUGAGUAG